AAAUAAUAAUUUCCAAAUAACCCUUUACUUUCCAAAUAGCAUCGUUUUACGGUAUUUUCUUUAGGUUCCUGAAGAAAACCGCUUUACAAGAGAAAGUAAUAAUGAUGCGGAAUUAUCAGUCUCGAAAUUCUUUAUAAUGGAAUCAAGUGUUUAAAAUAGCUUCUUUACUUUUUUUAAAUUGUCUUGAAUUAUCUUAAAUUGUAAAAGAUAACGAAGAUCCAUCCAUAUAAAACUUCUAGAUUAAUCUAUAACACGUUAUGGAGCCAGAUCAUAAACGGUCUGUUGAUUUAAAUUUUUAUGGUUUGCCUGCUCGUGGAAGUUCUAUGUUUACUAUGGAUUUAUAUUCAAAUCCAAUUGCAGACAUAAGUCUAGUUAAUAAUCAACUAAAUUUAUUGUCACGAAAAGUAAAGAAUAAUAAGUUACAAUAUACUUUGACUCACCCAGCUCUUCCUAUGAUGGAACCUAGCAGCAUAACAAAUGUAUGUAUGGAAGAUUUAAUCAGCAUUAAAAAAAUAUCUAAAGAUGGAAUUGCAAAAUGGAAACUAAUACCUCAAGCAAAAAAACAAGUCAGGUUUUUUCUAGAUAAUUAUUCAAAAUAUGCUCAUGAAAGUCUCAAAAAUUUUGAUAAAGCUAGUGGUCAUAAAAUCAAGGAACAAAUUUUUCCACUUGUAAUUGGAUAUAGUAAAUUUAUUGCUUCCUCAAAAUUAUCAAAGACAUUUUCAGAUGUUGUUCCAGAAGUUUAUGACAUUCCAGAAUCACUAUUACUUGAGUAUUUGGAAAAUAGCUUGUUUCAGGAAUAUGACAAUUUAAAUGAAAACUUUAGUUUAAAAAACAGCAUAGCAAGUUGGUCUUGCUUUGAAAGACUUUAUUUAUUUUUUCCUAGAGGCUUUGCUUUUAACUUGCUUUCUGUAAACAUUGUUAAUAACAAAACAGUUAAAAGUAAGCCAGAAGAAAAUUCAUGUUUUAAAUAUGUUAAUCUAAGUAAUUUACUUAACAUUGAAAUUAACUUUGAGAUAAAAGAAGUUUUUGUUGAGUCCAAUUUUUUAUAUGUUCGUGGUAAUUACCAAUGUGUUCAAUUUUCUUUAGAAUCACUGUAUAACGAGCAGUUACUUAAAGAAAUACGGCGGUUUAAGUUUGACACAUCAGUACAGAGUGUUGCUGUAAACCCUCUAAAUCCUGGCGAAAUCUUUGUCACUAAUCCUGUUUCAGUUUGUUUAGUUUUAGAAGAUGGCAAUAAACAGAAAUCAACCCAGUUUCCUUUAGCUGAUGAAAUUGAGAGAAGUUGGUACAAUUGUAUAUAUGGUUCAUUUCGUCAGACAUGUAUUGUUACUUGUCAAGAUGAAGUUAGAUGGCAUGACUUUAGGAUACCAUUUCCAUCAAGCAAAUUAUAUUUUUCUACUCCUUGUCAAUACCUUAAUCGUACAGAAAAGUUUUCACAAGUACUUUUAUGGAAUCCUAUUAAUAAAUAUCAAUUUUUUAUAACAACAGAUCAAUCAGUUAUGCUUUUGGAUGAGCGUUAUGUGAAAACUCCAGCAUUAAAAGUUAAUCACUAUAUGAAUUCUGCUCCACGAUUUGGACAGGCUCUCCCUAGAAGUAUAUAUUCCCACAAUGACAGUGUUUUACUUAAUGUGUCAAGCUAUUUAAAUGCUGAAAACAUUAGCAUGCAAUUCUGUAGCAAUGGAAAACAAAAUUUUCCUGUUGGAGAUUCAAGUCUUGAAGCUAAUUGUCCUCUGACAUUACUUAAUGAGCCUUGGAAGUUUUCAAGCUACAAUGAAUGGAUGCCAUACACUUCUCAUUGGAAAUUAUCAAACGACUUUGUUAAGGCAAAAAUGAAACAGCCUUUGAUUGGUUCUUGUAUUUGUGUUUUAGAAAAAAAUAAUAAAAAAGACAAAUUCAUUAAUGUUCAGCUAACAUUAGCUGGAGACUUGUUUUAUCAAAAUUUUAGUUGUACCAAUUAUAACAGUGUCAAUGAAGAGGUUGAAGUUGAUUUCAUUAAAAAUGAAUUUCUUUACUCUCUUGUUGAUAACAAUGUUAUGCAACUCAAUGAUACCUGUAAUGAAAUUUGCCAAAACUGGCUUGAUAAAUGUCCCAUUAAAGAAAAUGUUUUUUGCAAAGCUAAGGUAAGUAAUUCAGAAAACGAAAUAAUGAAUACUAGUGAUAAUCAAGAGUUAGAUAUUAAAAGGGAACUUUUUGAGCCAAUUAAAGAUUUAUCAGACGAUGAUGAUUUAAACAGUUUUAAUUACCUUAAAUCUAUUCGUAACGAAAACAAGAUUUUGACUAACCGCUCUUUGAAGAGACAAAUGAGCCAUAGACAUACUACUUUUGUAAAAAAUCCUGAGAUGUUUAAUUACCCACUUAGUUCUACAUUGUAUAACAAUUGGAUAAAUGACAAUUAUACACCACUUGAAGUUUAUGCACCUAAUCUUGCCCUAGAUAGUUCUCUUAAUUUUGUCUAGAUUUGUAUUUUUGUUUUAUUACUAACAGGUGUUCUGAAACAAUGUA